CAUCUGUUCCAGGGGGAAAAUCUAGAUCUGGCUAUUUCCAAGGAUGAAGUUAUGGCUAUGAUUGGGGAAGGUAUCUGUGUGGUGAAGACACUAACAAGGAAUCAUCUCUACUGUGAGCCUCCCUCUGAGCAGCCAGCUCCGCGGCACCGCACAAAGCGGGAGGGCACAGACUUGCUCCCAGAGUUCACGGUACAGAUGGGAAACCUGAACUUCCUCCUGGGCCGAGUGCAGUAUGACACAGAAAGCCAGCUCACCUUCCCGCUGGAGGCACAGAUUGGCUUGGGUGUUGGUGCAUCCUUUGUGGCACUGAUUGUUCUGGUCAUUGUCUUCAUAUACAGGAGGAAGAGCAAACAGGCUUUGAGGGAUUACAAGAAAGUUCAAAUCCAGCUGGAAAAUCUGGAAACAAGUGUUCGGGACAGAUGCAAAAAAGAAUUCACAGACCUGAUGACUGAGAUGAUGGACCUCACAAGUGACCUUGUGGGCACAGGCAUACCCUUCUUGGACUACAAGUCCUAUGCAGAGCGCAUUUUCUUCCCGGGCCACCGUGAGUCACCACUGCAAAGGGACCUGGACAUCCCUGAAUGCCGGCGGCAAACUGUGGAGCAGGGCUUGGUCCAGCUCUCCAACCUGCUCAACAGCAAGCUCUUCCUCACCAAGUUCAUCCACACUCUGGAAAUCCAGCGCACUUUCUCUCCAAGAGACCGGGCUUAUGUGGCAUCGUUGCUCACUGUGUCACUGCAUGGGAAGCUGGAGUACUUCACUGACAUCCUCAAAACACUCCUGAAUGACCUUGUAGAGCAGUAUGUGGCCAAGAACCCCAAGCUGAUGCUGCGGAGGACAGAAACAGUGGUAGAGAAGCUGUUAACUAACUGGAUGUCCAUCUGCCUGUAUGCAUUUGUGAGGGAUUCUGUUGGGGAGCCCCUUUACAUGCUGUUUCGAGGAAUCAAGCACCAGGUGGACAAAGGGCCAGUCGACUGGGUGACAGGGAAAGCCAAAUAUACCCUGAAUGACAACCGCCUUUUGAGAGAGGACCUGGAGUACCGGACUCUGACCUUAAAUGCUUUGACGCAAGCAGGAGUUGCUGCAGGAGGGGCAGAGGACACCCAAGGGAUUUCUGCGAAAGUGCUAGACUGUGACACCAUAACGCAGGUGAAGGAAAAAAUCCUAGAUCAGAUCUAUAAAGGGACGCCAUACUGUCACCGACCAGACCCAGACACCCUGGACCUUGAGUGGAGAUCAGGGCUGGCAGGUCAUCUGAUACUGUCCGAUGAGGAUGUGACAUCUGUUGUUCAAGGAACUUGGAAACGCCUGAACACUCUUCAGCAUUACAAGGUGCCCGAUGGAGCAACAGUAGCACUGGUCCCACGCCUGACCAAGCAUAUCCAUAGGGAGAAUCAGGAUUACAUCCCAGGAGAGAAAACACCGAUGCUGGAGGAUGCAGAUGAAGGUGGGAUCAAACUUUGGCACCUGGUAAAACCAACAGAAGAGCCAGAACUGCCCAAGCAUCGGCGUGGGAGCUUAAGAGAUCGGGAGCGAGCCAAGGCAAUCCCAGAGAUCUAUCUGACACGUCUACUCUCAAUGAAGGGCACUCUGCAGAAAUUUGUGGAUGACUUGUUCCAGGUGAUCCUCAGUACCAACCGCCCUGUCCCUCUGGCUGUCAAAUACUUCUUUGACCUGUUGGAUGAGCAGGCAAUACACUAUGGGAUCACGGACCCUGAGACCAUCCAUAUCUGGAAGACAAACAGCCUGCCCCUACGGUUCUGGAUCAACAUCAUCAAGAAUCCCCAGUUUGUUUUUGACGUGCAGACGUCAGAUAACGUGGAUGCUGUGCUCCUGGUCAUUGCGCAGACCUUCAUGGACUCCUGUACAAUAGCUGACCAUAAGUUAGGGCGGGACUCUCCAAUCAAUAAGCUGCUUUAUGCCCGGGACAUUCCUCGCUACAAGCAGAUGGUGGAAAGGUAUUAUGCGGACAUUCGUCAGACCAUCUCUGCCAGUGACCAGGAGAUGAACUCUGCCCUGGCUGAGCUAUCACGGAAUUACUCAGGUGACCUCAAUUCCCUGGUGGCUCUACAUGAAUUGUACAAAUACAUCAAUAAGUACUAUGACCAGAUCAUUACUGCCUUGGAAGAAGACCCAACGGCACAGAAGAUGCAGCUCGGAUAUAGACUACAACAGAUUGCAGCAGCUGUGGAGAAUAAAGUCACGGAUUUGUGACAGGCGCAGACAGACUGCUCUCCCCUAGCUGAACGGGGACAGUGCUUGUCCUAGCGAUACACAGGGUGUCCUGCUGCCAUUGGAACCAGACUCUCCAGGGAACCAGCGGGUGACAUGAACAGGGAUGGCCAAGGCAGUACAAAGUACAAGCGUCCUUGCAUCUCAGAGAAUAUUUUUUUACAGCUUUUUCUUUAUAAAAGCAAAACAAAACAAAAAA